AUAAAAAGCUCGGCUCACUCUGCCUCCUCGAGUGACCGGCGGUGCACGGGGUCCCUCCGAGGAGCCAUCACCCCUUCUCCUCCCCGCCAGCCGCCGCGGGGGCCGCCAGCACCAUGCGGGCCACCCACCUCCUGCCAGCCUUGCUGCUCCACCAGCUGCUGCUGCUGCCCACCGCCAUCCCCGCGGCAGAGGGUAAAGGAAAAAAGAGAAAUCCUCUUCAUGACUUCAAAAAAACAGGAGAGCUGAUGCUCAUUAAAGUAAACAAAACACUGGAAGUAAAAACGAAGCUGUUAAAUACCACAGAGCAAUGUGCAAAGAGAUGCAGCAGGAACAAGGGUCUCUCCUUCACUUGCAAGGCCUUUGCUUAUGACAGAGUUACAAAACGGUGCCAUUGGUUAUCCUUCAACAGCUUGACAAAUGGUGUGAGAAAGAAGCAAGACCAUGCGUUUGAUCUGUAUGAAAAGAAGGAUUAUGUCAGAAAUUGUAUCAUUGGAAAAGGAGCAGACUAUAAAGGAACAAUAUCUGUUACCAAAAGUGGUAUCCAGUGUCAGGCCUGGAAUUCAAUGAUCCCCCAUGAGCACAGCUUUUUGCCUUCGAGCUAUCGGGGAAAAGACCUGAGGGAAAACUACUGUCGAAACCCCCGAGGGGAAGAGGGAGGCCCGUGGUGCUUCACCACCAGUCCAGAGACACGCCACGAAGUCUGUGACAUCCCCCUCUGCUCAGAAGUUGAAUGCAUGACCUGCAAUGGAGAGAGUUAUAGAGGGCCAAUGGAUCACACUGAGACAGGCAAGGAGUGUCAGCGCUGGGAUCUUCAGAGACCACACAAGCACAAGUUUCGUCCAGAGAGAUAUCCUGACAAGGGCUUUGAUGAUAAUUACUGCCGCAAUCCUGACGGCAAGCUGAGACCAUGGUGCUACACUCUUGACCCUAACACCCCCUGGGAGUUCUGUGCAAUUAAAACGUGUGAGGAAAGCUUCGUGAACAGCACAGAGGCGGCAGCUGAGACAACAACGUGCGUUCGGGGACAGGGCGAGGGCUACCGUGGCACCGUCAGCACCAUCUGGAGUGGAGUCCAGUGCCAGAGGUGGGACUCCCAGCAUCCUCACCAGCACAACAUCACUCCUGAGAACUUCAAAUGCAAGGAUUUGAGGGAGAACUACUGCCGAAAUCCAGAUGGAUCUGAAUCACCCUGGUGCUUUACCACUGACCCAAACAUCCGUGUUGGUUAUUGCUCCCAGAUUCCGAAGUGCGAUGUAUCAAAUGAACAAGAUUGCUAUCGUGGCAAUGGCAAGAGUUAUAUGGGGAAUCUGUCCAAGACAAGAUUUGGGCUAACUUGCUCCACAUGGGACAAAAAUAUUGAAGACUUGCGUAGGCAUAUACAAAUAUUCAGAGAACCAGAUGUUAGUAAACUGAAGAAAAACUAUUGCCGCAAUCCAGAUGAUGAUUUUCACGGUCCCUGGUGUUACACAGAUGAUCCUCUUGUUCCCUGGGAUUACUGCCCUAUUUCUCGAUGUGAAGGUGAUACAACUCCUACUACAACCAGCUUCGAUGAUACUGCCAUUCCUUGUGCCUCAACAAAACAUUUGAGAGUUGUAAAUGGAAUCCCAACACAAACUAACGAAGGAUGGGUGGUUAGUUUGACAUACAGGAAUAAGCAUAUCUGUGGUGGUACUUUAAUAAAAGAAGAGUGGGUUCUUACAGCAAGGCAGUGUUUCCCUUCUCGGUACAAGGAUUUGAAAGACUACAAAGCCUGGCUUGGAGUCCAUAACAUCAAGGGAAAGGGAGAGGAGAAGCGUAGACAAGUCCGGAAUAUCUCCCAGUUGGUAUAUGGCCCCGCAGGGUCAGAUUUGGUCUUGCUGAAGCUUAGCAGACCUGCUAUAUUGACAAAUUUUGUGGAAAUAAUCCGGCUGCCCAUUUCUGGAUGUACCAUUCCAGAGAAGACCAGCUGCAGUGUUUAUGGAUGGGGAUACACUGGAUUAGUUAACUAUGAUGGCCUUCUCCAAGUGGCAAACCUGUUUAUUUUGGGAAAUGAGAAAUGCAACCAAUAUCUCAAAGGGAAGAUUACUGUGAAUGAGUCUGAAAUCUGUGCUGUGGCUGAAACCAUAGGUGCUGGGCCUUGUGAGCGAGAUUAUGGUGGUCCUUUGGUCUGUGAACAAAACAGGCUGAAGAUAGUAAUUGGUGUCAUUGUUCCUGGCCGAGGAUGUGCCAUUCGAAAUCGUCCUGGGAUCUUUGUUCGUGUCUCAUAUUACUCCCGGUGGAUACACAAGAUUAUGAUGACCUACAGAAAACCCUGAAAAAGUCAACAACUCCCAUUGAAAGAUUUUGGACAGCAUGUAAUUAAUGUAUAAUGUAAAGAUCAACAAUUUUUUAAGUACUUGAUAGUCAAGUUUGUUGAGCUUCUUUUAAUAUUUAUGGGUGUUUUUGGUGUUUUUGUCUAUCAGUGUUGUUUUAUAAUGUUGGAGUGACUUACAGUAUAUGCAAGUAUGGUGACAUAUCUCCUGAAGAAACUUGAAUGGAUAAACAAUUUUGCUAAGACAUUACUGGACGAUAAAUGGUUUUGUAGAAAUAGAACAAAUGACCUCCUUAAAGCUGCUCUUCAGAUUAUCUUAGAAGGAGAAACAAAUUAUAGUUCUACUUAACACUUAACACAGCUUAUUCUUUCUGUGAGCCAUAUAUUUCUCUUCAUAUAUAACAAAAGCCCUACUGAGAGAUAUAUGCAUCUGUCAAGGACAGCAUUUACGAUCAUAUUUCUCUUUCCCCCUUCUGAGAGGUCCAAGAUUUCAGUAUUUUAUUAAAAAAUAAUAUCUUUAGUAAGUAAUCUUUUCAUUAUUGAUGGGCUUUGACAAGCCUGCUGUAAGCAGAGUUCUCGUAGAAGUCACUACCACGUUGUUUUACACAGUGCUUACGGGCUCUAGUUCUGCGCUUGGUUCCUUCACUGUAUAUGUGGUCCUCUAACAGAUAUCUCAAACCCCAUUUUGGUUAGAAAACUAUUGACCAUUUCUUCAAAGUCUGACCCAGAAAUAACUGUGGAUUUGCAAUGCAAAAGACAGCAUAUCAUACAAUUUGAAAAAGUAAUCCUGAUUAGCUGUUGGAAUACUUUAGGCAUUAAAAGAAAUUUAAAUCAAAUAUGCCAAAUUUUUUUCUAAACAGAGAAUUAUU